AUGUCAAACCUAGCACCAUCCGUAUUCAGACAAGCGCUUCGUGCGCGUCCGCGGCGAUGUGCCUCCGCCAGGCCACGACUAUCGCGACUGGCGGCUGCCAGACGGUGCUAUGCGUCAGAGUCAAACCCAGCUCAAGCUCAGGCCAGCGUGAAUGUGAGCACCACCAGGGCCGAGCAAACUAGCACAUUGCCGCAGGAUCCAAUUGUGCCGGGUCCUCCUCCAGUUAGCGGAGAUGCCAUGACGAGCCCGUCUGCUGGCAUUCUGAAGCAAGCCACCCUCCUAGACCAGGGAUCUCGGCCGAUAUACCUCGACAUGCAAGCCACGACACCCACGGAUCCACGUGUGCUUGACGCAAUGCUUCCUUUCCUCACUGGCCUUUACGGGAACCCCCAUUCGAGAACGCAUGCGUACGGAUGGGAGACUGAAAAGGCCACCGAACAGGCGAGGGAACGUGUUGCCAAGCUGAUCGGGGCGGAUGCUAAGGAGAUCAUCUUCACCAGUGGCGCGACGGAGAGCAAUAACAUGAGCAUCAAGGGUGUUGCGAAGUUCUUUGGACGAUCGGGAAAGAAGAAGCAUAUAAUCACGUCGCAGACUGAACACAAGUGUGUUUUGGACAGCUGUCGACAUCUGCAGGAUGAGGGAUUCGAGGUCACAUAUCUCCCUGUUCAGAACAAUGGGUUGAUAAAUCUCGAUGACCUUAAGGCUGCCAUCCGUCCCGAAACGGCGUUGGUUAGCAUCAUGACCGUCAACAAUGAGAUCGGCGUUAUUCAGCCGAUUAAAGAAAUUGGAGCCAUCUGUCGGGCGAAUAAAGUAUUCCUCCAUACAGAUGCGGCCCAGGCAGUCGGGAAAAUCCCGAUCGACGUCAAUGAUUGGAAUGUCGACCUCCUUUCUAUUUCCGGACACAAGAUAUACGGCCCCAAAGGCAUUGGAGCUUGCUACGUGCGACGGCGGCCGAGAGUUCGUCUUGAUCCCAUUAUCACUGGGGGUGGCCAGGAGAGAGGUCUCCGAAGUGGAACCCUUGCUCCUCAUCUUGUCGUUGGUUUUGGAGAAGCGUGCCGCAUUGCAACAGAAGAGAUGGAGUAUGAUGCGAAACGCAUCGAAUAUCUGUCCAAGCGGCUUCUGGACGGCCUUCUCUCAAUGGAACACACGACCCUAAACGGUGACCCGGACAAACACUAUCCCGGCUGUGUCAACGUGUCAUUCGCUUACGUCGAGGGUGAGUCCCUCCUCAUGGCUCUUAAGGAUAUCGCUCUGUCCUCCGGCAGCGCCUGCACGUCAGCCUCGCUGGAACCCAGCUACGUUCUCCGGGCCCUUGGAAACAGUGACGAGAGCGCACACAGCAGCAUUAGAUUCGGCAUUGGCCGGUUCACGACAGAGAGCGAAAUCGACUAUGUAUUGAAGGCUGUGCGAGAGCGAGUCUCGUUCUUGCGGGAACUCAGUCCGCUGUGGGAGUUGGUGCAGGAGGGCGUUGACCUGAAUACGAUCCAAUGGAGCCAGCAUUAA